AUGGCGAGUUCAUACGAUGCGUCAUGGGUAUUCAACCCGUCGAUACUGCGCAACCAGGGCAAGAUGGGGGGCCUUGUGAGAGUUUGUGUUGCGUGCGACUGCAGGGAAUGGCACGCUACCGACACCAAUAUGGGAAUGAACAUCCCCGAUGGCUUUGAUGAGACCAUGGUGGAUGAGGAGGUCACCAUUGAGAACCUCGUGUCUGUCAUUAGCAGCUGUCCAGAUAGUCGCGUUGCGCACAAGAACGGGAGUCAUCGGUCACUCUGGAUGCGGUCGUGGAAAUUGGGUGGAGGCCCAGGUUUGGAGCGUAUUACAGUAGGCACAUUUGAAGAGGAUCUGGGAGUGACGGGCAAACUCCUGUGGACUGGAUUGAAGAAAUGCCGAAGAGAUAAAGGUCGAGCAAUGGAAAGGAUUCAGAACGAUGCAGACGAGUGUGAUUGUAAACAAGACUGGUACCCUCCUUCAAAUCAGUUCAUUGAAUUAUGCGCAAAUGACGAGUCGACACAUGAUGCAUUGCCACUAUACUAUCAUCGGCGAGAAUACUUCCAGCAGCCACACUACUUCAGAAAAGCGACAGACGAAGCAUACAACAGGAAACUCGGCCUAGCUCCCCAUCAUUAUCAUGCCUUGAUGUCAGUUGAUACUAUGGGAGGUGGUGGCUUCAUCGGAGAGGUGUAUGACGACCCACACAACAACUUCUUCCGGUUGUCGCAGCAAUCUCUUGCAUUGCAAUUGCCAUCUCCUGGCUUCCAUCUCCCUUCUUUGUUUUCGGCUCGCCGCUUGUUGGAUGUCGUCUUCCACCACCAGAUGAAUAUGUUUCACAAGAUCAUUCCAAACGUGGUUCUUCAGUCUUCGUGCUCGCUCAAACUUGCCCGUGGAGCUUACAACCAUUAA